CAUUGCUUGGAUGGGGACGUUCACGCGCGCUUUCUUAUCGAUUUCCUCGCAAAGUGUAUGACACAGUGUUAUUUUGAUGUUUUUUCACCGAAAACGUGACAAAUAAUACAAUGUCACGUCACUGAACAGUUCAAAGAUUACGUGUUUUCGUGGUUUCGUUUUAUUUUAAAAUUUAAAUUCAAAUUUUGUGCUUGACUGAAAACAUUGCUGUUAUGUGCGAUGAUAAUGGAAUUGUUAUUGGAAUUAAAAUGAGAGUCUGAAAACAAUGCAGGAAACCCGAGGGUAACUGAAACUACGAAAAACACGAACGAACGAAAUGUUAAUAAACUGAAAUUGAACGCAUUCAAAACAGAGAGAGACACAGCGAGAGAGAGACAGAGCUCAAUCCGAAAAUAGUGCGUUCGAAAAUAGAAAAAAAAAUGGCUCAGUCUCAGUCAGUGAUCGAAGACACAGCGGCGGGGACGGGCGCCGCGCGCUGGUGGGAAGCACCAUGGAAAACUAUGGCCGACUUAGCCGAAGCAGUUGACGAUCUCAUAUGUAGUUUCGAUUAUAUGGACACUGCCAUGGACAACCUAGUCAUGCUAAUCUUCAUAUGGAUACUGUUCUCCAUCGUCCUGUUAGGCAUCGCAAAAUGGGCGUAUUCCCGCUUCGCGAACAAAGUAGCCGAGGUCGAUACAAAACAAAAAACGACUGUUGAAGAAGUGAAGAAAACAUCGAAUGAAAUUAUUAACAGUGCUGAUAGUGUGCUAGUUACCAGUGCUAAGGUUAAAAGUGCUUCGUUUAAACCUGCUAAACCUACUGGGUUCGUGCCAGCCACUCCUCCGAACAAGAGAAGGUUAGGUCGCAUGUCCCCUGGGCCCGAACAGCUGACGCUGAAGAAACACCAAAGCAUCAUAGUACCUACGUGUACGGGCCCCGACCCGCCGAGUGUACAAUGGGUGAAUGACCUAUUGACGUGGUUAUAUAAUGAUCUAGUUAUUGUGAAUGAACUGGUGCAGCAAUGGAUUGUGUCCAUGAACGAGUUCUCCAAGAAGUCCGUCGAAGAGCAAGGUAUUGGGGUGGAGCUGGUGCGCGCGCUGGACAGCCAUCCGCCCAACAUCUCCAAUGUCUUCUGCGAGUGCGACUCCAAGGAUGACGUCACGAUCACAUGUGAUUGUGAAGCCACCCCCGCCUUUCAACUGAAGGCCUUCAGCCAGCGAGGUGAGAAAGUGGAAGUUUCACAUUACAGAGUUAAUGUCAACCGGUUCCGCGCUCGUUUGAACGUGGUUUGUGUGACGGACAAGUUAACGGGCGAGUUAAAAUGUGACGGCUGGCCCGAAGUGAAGGUGGCACUGGCGCCAGUGGGCGCGCUCAGGCCUAAUGCCACGGAGAAUGAUCUACAACAGACUAUCAGUGACAUAGUAGUAUCAGCGCUGCGCAGUACGAACUUACAAUUCAACCUGGCUCACUACCCGACGUGCCCGCGACUGCGGCGGUACGUGGAGACGCCAGGACCCAGACUGCCAUUACAUUAUGAUUCUAUGCUGCAACAAGACCGUCAGAUGUACACGUCGACUCCAAACUCUACAGCCGGCAGCGUCACCCUGCUGGGAGACAAGAGACUGCUCGUCAAACUUGUCUGUGCUAAGGACUUGGGAGGUAAAGCGGGUUGCGUAGCUCCGUACUGCGUGGUGGAGAUGGACGAGCCUCCACAGAAGAACCAGACUGCCUUCAAGAAGGACACCAACAACCCACAGUGGGAGGAACACUUCCUAUUCGAUCUGUCUCCUCAGACGGCGGAGUUACUGUUCGAGGUGUACGACCGGACCGGCCCGCCCUCGCCCGGCGGGGGACCUUCGCAACACAGGUUCCUAGGUCUAGGCCUGGUGGGUAUAGACGAGUUGCUGGCGGCUCCGUCCCAGCGCCAGCAGAUAGCGCUGCAGACGCGACCCAUGGAGGAACAUGACGUCAGCGGGACACUCACUGUAGAGUUCCUAUUCAUCGAAGGCGCUGACAUCCCGGACCUGGGCUCCCGUCCAGUCAAGAUCAAGGAGAGUCUCCGCACUGUGUCCCCGCACGGACAUCUCACUACUACCACCAAGACUAUAUUCAAGCAGAAUGGCCAUGACAACUCUCAACUAACAGAAUCGGCUCUCCGCGAACUAGAGCUGAGCCCGACCAACGCGGCCAACAAGUCCACGCUCAUCAUACACUCCGUGCAAAGGGAACCGAAGAAAUCAAUUAAGGUGGAAAUGACGGACUCGGGGAAAUUCAUCGAAGUGGAGAGGGGUGAAAUGGAUGCCGAAGUACGUCAAGAGAGUGAUGAUAAAUUUGAUGAGAAUGUGAAAGAGACAGACAUAUCUGUCUCAGCCAGCCCGAAUGCCUCGCCCGGGAAGACCGUGAGGAUCAAGGAGAACGGUGCUAAAGCCAAUGGCGAUACCGAGCAGGGUGACUACGUGCAGCAACAGAAUGAGAACGUCCCGCCGGAGCCCGCGCCUCGCAAGAGGAGACGGGACUUCUUCGGUACUAUCAAGAGAAGACUGGGCCGGUCCCGCACUCGCGGUGCGUCUCUAGAUCUCACGGACUCCGAGGUAGAGAACCAGAGUCGCAUACGCAGCAUCAGCGCAGAGAGGAAUGCACAUGAGAAAGCGCUAUCCAUCCCGAAUAGGAACGUAUACUCAGCGGGCGCGUCGCCUGCACAGUCCGGGGACGAAUCCCGGACAUCGAGGAGGUCGUCUCUCAGUGAGGUCUCCGGAUUCAGUACAGCAUCAGCCAGGACCUUCAUCCAUGAGGCUUCGACCUUGGUCCUGGAGACCAUAGAAGCUGGUAUCAAGAAACACUACUUGGUGCCUCUGACCAUUGCCCAGAGGUCCCGAUGGAGACGGAAGGGCAUCAAGCUUCAUAUCUACAAUGAACAUACUUUUAUCGCCAAGCAUCUUAGUGGUGGCACAGUGUGCGAGGUCUGCACGAAGACUAUAGCGCGGCGGCUCGGCAAGCAAGGCUACGAGUGUCGCGACUGUAUGCUCAAGUGCCACAAGCACUGCCACGUCAAAGUUGCCACCAACUGCCCUCGGUCCACCGUGCACAAUAUGGAGCUGUCCCAUUCCCAUAGCUUUGGAAAUGGAAGAUCCAUGCUCCCAGUGUUAAGUGAAUAGUCAAGUAAAGCAAGAAGACUGCAAGAAAAAAAAAUAUUAAAAAAAUACAAAAAAAAAAAUGAUUACAAGCAAUUCUCACUCAGGACUUACAUCGCAUCUCCGUACGCAGAUAAAAAUAUAAGGAUGUUGUGAUUUUUCAUGAGAGUUACAUAGCUUGCGAAGUGCACAAAGCAUCGAUUUCAAACAUAAAUACUUAAAUUAUUAAAACAUAAGUACAACACGUAUAUACCCAGCUGACAUACGAUAUAGGCUUUUUUACAUAUAUUUAUAUGAAAAAAUGAAGUUUAAAAUUAGUGUUUAAGUGGAAAGUAGGACUUUUGAGCGUCGCUGACUUUUUGAGAAUCUUGAAAAAUGUACCCGCUUGACACUGUUGGAUGAAGUUUUAUUCAGAUGAUAUAUUAUAAUGCUCUUGUAUGAACUAUGAUGUAAGAUAUAUUGACAGCUGUAACACACACUCGUCUGUUACGCCGCUACCGUCUGAGUAAAUCAAAUUCCUGGCGCUAAUUGUUAGAAUUAGUUUAGGUAUCGCUAGAGCCCACCAUCAAAGCCAAUUUCGAAAAAUAUUAGAUUUCAUUACCACAUAAUUCUUUGAUAAACGAUUAAAGUUAAAAUGUCAGCCAAAAUUUUAAGAAUUUUUACACAAAAUUUUCUACCUCAUUUCUUCAAAGUUACAAUA